AUGGAGUUCAAUCCAGUCUUUUCAGAAUUAAAUUCGUCUAACAAUAUUAGUAAUAGUACCGACAAACUCGUGGUUAUUGAUAUGUACAGAGAUGAACUAAGUAACAGAAUGGCUGUGACACUGCUACCUGUGAUGGUAGUUCUCGGAGUGGUUCUCGUUACGGGAAUGGCAGGAAACACAUUGGUAUUCUACAUCUACUUCUUCAAGUUUACAUCCAGUUCUACGAGAACUGCCAUUAUUGCUCUGGCAUUCUUGGACCUUCUGACAUGUGCUGUGUGUAUUCCAGGUGAGAUUUUGGAUCUGAGAUUUUCGUAUAGCUUCACCAGUCAGAUCUUGUGCAAGAGCCUUCGUACUUCAACAACCGUUAUACUAGUAGCCUCGGGAUUUACUUUACUAAGCGUUGCUCUUGAUCGUUAUCAAAGAAUAUGCCAUCCUCUUCAGAAACAACUGACCUCAAAGCGAGCUCUGUACAGAAUCAUAAUUUCCUGCUCGCUAGCUGCAGUAUUGGCAGUUCCUGCAGCAAUAGUUUAUGGCUUGGCUGAAAUCGAGACUCCAAUAGAAGGGAUCACGGGUCUGGAAUGUUCGACUAUAAAGUCACUUACAAACCGGCCUCUGCGCAUCGCAUACAAUGCCCUUCUCUUUACAACCUUUCUAGCCGCCUUCGCUACAAUGAUGGUCAUCUACGUGUUAAUUGGUCGGCAGGUUUUGAAGCAAACUAAUUUCAGGAGAUCUGUUCAGCAGCGGAAAGGCAGCAGUGACUCACUCCGUAGACGUACUGUGUGCAGUGAGACGAGUUCAGAUGGCGAUCAUUCCCUGAGCGACAAGAUGAAAGAGUUAUCACAGUUGCACGAGGCUAUACCCGAACAUGGCUCUCACUGUGUUGUGAAUAUAAAUGUACAACCUGGGACAAACCAAAUUGGCCGAAUUGAAGCCAGGGUUUCUAGAAAGAACUCGGUGAUUCAUCUCCUACGGAAGAUGUCUGGAUCUGUUGACGCCCGAACCAGGAAAACCACUACAAUGCUGUUCUUCAUCACUUUAGUUUUUGUCAUCAGCUUCCUGCCCCACCUGGUGCUGAAAGUCAUCCAGGCUUUGGACAAGCAUUUCUCAGACAGCCUGACCACAACCGGUGUGAUCUUUUACAACAUCUUCGUUCGGUCUUACUUCUUCAACACUGCCGCUAACGCUUUCGUGUAUGGCUUCUGCAGCCCAAAGUUCAGAUUCGAGUGUAGGACUGUGCUUUUGAGACUAGCAUUCUGGGUAAAGAGCAAGCCAAUCAGUGCGCAGACAGAAGAUCUGAUGUAA